UGCGAGCGGCCCCGAGCGGCGGCGGCGCCAUGAGUGGGGGCACCCCUUACAUCGGCAGUAAGAUCAGCCUUAUCUCCAAGGCGGAGAUCCGCUACGAGGGCAUCCUCUACACCAUCGACACCGAGAACUCCACCGUAGCCCUCGCCAAAGUUCGGUCCUUUGGUACAGAAGACAGACCAACAGAUCGUCCAAUACCACCUCGAGAUGAAGUUUUUGAAUACAUUAUAUUCCGUGGAAGUGAUAUUAAAGACCUCACUGUUUGUGAGCCACCAAAACCACAAUGUUCUUUGCCUCAGGACCCAGCUAUCGUUCAGUCUUCACUAGGCUCAUCUACUUCUUCGUUCCAGUCAGUGGGUUCCUAUGGCCCUUUCGGCAGGAUGUCGACAUACAGUCAGUUCAGUCCAAGUUCAUUAGUCGGGCAGCAGUUUGGUGCUGUUGGUGUUGCUGGAAGCUCCUUGACAUCCUUUGGAACAGAAACAUCAAAUAGCAGUACCCUGUCUCAGAGUAGCGCGGUUGGUUCUGCCUUUACACAGGAUACAAGAUCUGUAAAAACACAGUUAUCUCAAGGUCGUUCAAGCCCUCAGUUAGAUCCUUUGAGAAAAAGCCCUACCAUGGAACAAGCAGUACAGACCGCCUCGGCUCACUUACCUGCUCCAGCACCUGUUGGGAGAAGGAGCCCUGUAUCAACCAGGCCUUUACCAUCUACCAGCCAAAAAGCAAUAGAGAAUCAAGAGCACAGGCGAGCUGAAGUACACAAAGUUUCAAGACCAGAAAAUGAGCAACUCAGAAAUGAUAGCAAGAGACAAAUAGUUCCAGGUGCUCCUUCAGCUCCAAGGAGAGGGCGUGGGGGCCAUCGAGGUGGCAGGGGAAGAUUUGGUAUUCGGCGAGAUGGUCCUAUGAAAUUUGAGAAAGACUUUGACUUUGAAAGUGCAAAUGCACAAUUUAACAAGGAGGAAAUUGACAGAGAGUUUCAUAAUAAACUUAAAUUGAAAGUGGAAGAUAAACUUGAGAAACAGGAGAAGCCUGUAAAUGGUGAAGAUAAAGGAGACUCAGGAGUUGAUACUCAAAACAGUGAAGGAAAUGCCGAUGAAGAAGAUCCACUUGGACCUAACUGCUAUUAUGACAAAACUAAGUCCUUCUUUGAUAAUAUUUCUUGUGAUGAUAAUAGAGAACGGAGACCAACCUGGGCUGAAGAAAGAAGAUUAAAUGCUGAAACAUUUGGAAUCCCACUCCGUCCAAACCGUGGCCGUGGGGGGUAUAGAGGCAGAGGAGGUCUUGGUUUCCGUGGUGGCCGAGGGCGUGGUGGUGGCAGAGGUGGUACCUUCACCACCCCUCGAGGAUUUCGUGGUGGAUUCAGAGGAGGUCGUGGGGGUAGGGAGUUUGCAGAUUUUGAAUAUAGGAAAGACAACAAAGUUGCUGCAUAGUCUACAAAGAAGUCUUUGAAAAUAGGUGAAUUUCUAGCUCUUCGUGGUCCUGAGAAUUGGUUUCAGUCUUUAUCAAGAAUGAAGAAGUGAAUUCGCUGUAUAUUUGUCACCAGCACUGGGUUUUUUUGUUUGUCUGUGUGUCUGUUUGUUUGUUUUUCUGCUUAAUUUCAAAGAUAUGAUGCAGUUAUAUUGGGGGGGGCUCAUCUUUAAAAAUGAGCAUUAAAUAUAUUUGAAAUAGCAGAAGGUCAAGUAAUUUCUUAUGUAUAGUUAAACUAAAGCAGUACUUCAGUGGGACUUACAAGUAUUUUUUCAUCACUGAAAGGAUUUUUCUUAUCACUAAAUUGUAUUUGGCAAUUACUGCAAGUUGCCUGCAGCUAGGGCCAUGAUACUGUGCUUCAAGCCACAGAAGGGUGGGGGUGUGUGUGUGUGUGUAUGUGUGUGUAUCUGUCUGUCUUUUGCCCUUUCUUUCUUUUUGGAAAUCCUGUAAUAUCCCUUUUGAGGUAGCUUAUUUCGUCAGUUAAUUAGGGUGCUGGAUGGUAGAUAAUUUUGUCAGUCAACUAUGUACACACAGUAAAUACUGUUUCUUAGGCAAAGGUAACUUUUUUAUAUAGUUGUAAAAUUCCAUUAUAUUCCAUUGCCAAAGAAACAUUAAGAACUUUGUAUAGCUGUAUAAAAAGCAACUAAUUUUUUAAAGAAUAAACAUUUUAAAGUCAGCAAACA